AUGAAGGUGUGCAAAGGAUUCUUACGGCAUGGACACAGGUUUUUCCACUUACUUUUUAAAGCAUUUUCCCAGUCUUUUUAUGUCUUUUCUUGCUUUUUAUUUUUGUUGUGUUUGUGUUUGAGACACAACCAGUGGCAGAGCCAUAUAACUGGAGUCACAGGUUUGAGUUAUUCACAAUUGUGUGCUCAGUCGAAGAAUCUCUUAAGGGCUGUGUGCCUUCUACCCAGGGCCUUGGUUGGAAGAAUCUAUGAAGAAAAAAAAAAAGCAUCCUGGGAAUCCCGCCGAAAUGGCCCUUUCAGUUAG